AUGAUUCCGCCCAAGCCUACAGUACACAGUCGAAUUUCGCGGCAGGCUUUUGUGGUUAAUCCCUCUAUGAUCAACGCUAGAUCAACCAUAUACUACAAUACGUAUGGUAGUUGUACUGCCGCACAUGAGAUGUUACAGCAGGUUAUGUACAGUGUUGGCCAAAACUAUGAGAGCUCUCAUAGUUCCCAUAAUCCGCACUGUAUCAGGAUCCAAAAUGCACAAACGAUUCAAGGCUUCCCAGCCUUAUACCGGCGGUUUCCAUUUGACAGCCUUGAAUUUGUAAUCUGCUACAUCUGCCACUCCUGGUUCAUGCGAUUGAACGCACAAGUUCUGACACCUCCUUGUAGCAUGGGCGCCAGGAAGGCAAAGGCGGAGAAGACCUGUGAAUAUCUGCAUAUUGGCUUGAUUGAGAUGGCAAAACUGUGUAUGUAG